CGAGGAGGGUCGGGGGCAGAACUUAGGAGGCAGGAGGAGCGGGAGCCAUGCCAGCGCGAGCGCCAGCCCGUCGGGCCCGGUGAUCGCGCGUGUGGCGCCGCGGCCGCCGCGGCCGCCCCUUGGUGCGGCGCCGGAGCACGCGGCCAUGCGGGCCUGGCUGCUGCCGGAGAGGGCCUCUGCGCCCGCUGGGGCGCCCCACGGCGCGGCGGCGCCGUCGCCGGCCGCGCCCGGGAGCCCCUCGGACGCGCUCGCGCGGCUUAGGACCUGGGAGCCGCUCGCGCAGGAUGUGGCGCUGGUGCUGCGGAGGGGCUCUGGCGGCGGCUUGGAGGCGCACAGCAUGGCGAGGGCGGCGGACAGCGGAGUCUGGGAGGCCACGGUGCCGUGCCCCCGGAACGCCGACUACGCCUUCCUCGCGACGUGGACCCAGGAGUUGCGCUGCAAGGAGGGCCAGGAGGUGGCGCUCUUCGGGCUGCCCCACGCCGAGGCCGACGUGCCCCUGUGGCCCGCGCCGGGCGAGGCCGCGCAGCCUGCCAUCGUGCCCCCUGCGGCCUGGCCCCGCACGCCGCCACCGGAGCCGCUCGCCGGCGCCCUGGCAUGCGAGGGCGCAGAUCCGCAGCUGGAGGACGGCCAGUUCAGGAGGCAGAUCAGCGCUGAGGAGCGCCUCGGGCGCGCGGAGUUUCUCCUGGAGGUGUCUGAGCUCUCGCUGGUCAGCGCGGACGCGGAAGGCGUGCGCUUCCACUUCUACGCGGCGGCCCGCGUGGCGGUCGACCGCGUGCAGGUGUCUGCGGUGGACGGCUCCUGGGGGCCCUACGUGCUGCAGCCGGCCCCCGGAGAGGCGGGCGAGCCGGUCGUCUGGGUCGCGGACGCGCCCGAGUGGCUGUGCCCCCUGAGCGCCAGCGAGGUGGUGGUGCAGGUGAAACGGCGCGACUGGCGACUGGACCCCUACUCGCUCGCCGUGUCGCGCGGGGCCGACGCCGCGAGCACGCUGGGCCAGUGCCUGCCGACGGGCGAGGGCAGGGAGG